GCGCCCGGUCUUCGGCACAAAACCACUAUCAUGCUUGAUGCAACAUGCAAGUCGUCGCAUCGAUGCCUCUCUUGAGUGAAAGCGGCUGUCGUUGAAAAGUCCCGACAACGUUGAACAAAUAGCGACGUGACAGACCAGAAGAACUGUCGAAGCCACCUCUAUCUUCACGGUUCGCCUAUUGUACACAACUCACAGCUGAUUGUUUGACGUUUCCGCUUAACCUUUGAGAGUAUACGAUCGAGGCGUUAGACCCCGUGUUUUGUGUUCUGUGAUUCUAAACUCGCUGUUAUCGAUGGGGGCGAUGUAAAUUCUCCGAGAUGAGUGUGUGUGGGGACAGUAUGUUGGACGUGUUGCCGUCUCCAGGGUUUUACGGCAGAUCCGGGAUUUUAGAGACGUUCGUGAGGAACCAGUGGUACAGGGUGUUCGUCACGUUGGAAGAGGACUAUCUCAGCAUAACGCUCGAUGAGUCCUGCGAGAACACGACCACGCUGAACGGCACCCUCAACAAUAACAUCGAAACGCCGAGUGGCCUAAGUGACACGCCGGACGUUCCGGACUCAGUGGCGAACCAGAAAAGAUUAGUGAGGGUUAUCAAGUCGGAAAAUAACGGUUUGGGUAUUUCGAUCAAGGGCGGCAGGGAGAACAAGAUGCCAAUCUUGAUCAGUAAGAUUUUCAAGGGUAUGGCAGCCGAUCAGACUGAACAACUUUACGUCGGCGAUGCUAUUUUAGCGGUGAACGGAGAGGAUCUGAGAGAAUCGACACACGACGAGGCUGUCAAAGCUUUGAAAAGAGCGGGAAAGAUCGUGGAACUGGAAGUGAAAUAUCUCAGAGAAGUGACGCCAUACUUCAGGAAAGCGAGUAUAAUAUCAGAAGUAGGUUGGGAACUGCAGCGAGGAUUUCUCACUGGAGCACCUCCAGUUAUGAAAUUUCCACAGAGAGCGGAUACAAGAUAUUUACCGUUACAACUCUGCCACCUAGUUAGAAAUUAUACUUUUCCAGACCCAGAAAAUCGAACAAUGGAACUCCACUCGCCUGAUGCAGUCCACAGCUGUGUCCUACGAGCAUCAGAUCAAGCAGAAGCAAUAGCCUGGUUCAAUACACUGCACUCAGCUUUGUCAAUGCUGACCACUGCCGCUUUACAUGAGGCUUCCAGAUUCAUUCCCGAUUUGAGGCAUAUAGGUUGGUUUUUGAGGAAACCACGACCAGAGAACCAAAUGUCUAGUUCGGAGAGUUCCGAAGAUGCCGAAAGGUGGCAGGCCAUCUUUGCAGCGGUCACUGACAGUGAGCUCCGGUUUUACGAGAGCGCGCCCUGGUCAGGUGAAUCUUGGAAGACGCCAGCAGAAGCGUACGCCUUAAUCGCCACCAGAUUAGUAGGAUCGGCCAAACGACAAGACACUCCAGAAUUUAGCAUUCGCUGUGCCACCGUCGAAGGAGUAGUCACUCACAACCUGCGUGCUGAAACACACAGAGAUCUGGCUGUUUGGGCGAAGACGCUGGUCAAUGGUAGUCAUGCUAGUGCUGUCACACAAAGAGAGUUCGUUUGUAGAUGUUCCUGGAAAGGAAGGCCUGCUCAAUUAGUGAUUCAUUACGAAAACGGUUUCACCUUGCUGGAAGCAGGAACCGGUUCCCGCACACUCUGGAGACAUUCUUUCGAUCAACUUAGGCAUUCCUCGGAUGAUGGCAAGAAAAUGUUGCUUUUGGACUUCGGCGGAAAUGGGGAGGAAUCCGAAGUGGAGCUGGAUGUUGAAGUUUGCCCCAAACCAUUAGUCUUCAUACUUCACAAUUUCUUAUCGGCCAAAUUGAAUAGACUGGGUUUAUAUGCGUAACACGCAAUUUCAUAAUUCCACGGUUUUGGUGUAUCAAGGAAGUUUCAUCUUUUGAGAAACCUUCUACCCAUUUCGUCAAUUACCUAACAACUGAUAGUUUGGUUCCCUUAUUUGCCAUCCAAAAAAUGAUGAUUUUUAGGUUGGCACAAUAUACUACAGAAAAUUGUUGUGUAGAUUUGUAUACCAACUUUGUAUCGAUGUAUUCCUCAAAUCGAUGUUUGAAAAAGAAAUAGUAAUUUGAUAUUCACGAGGAGAAAAUUUGAAAAAAAGUACAAUUUUUGUACCAUUUAUGAACCAGAAAAACUGACAACCACCAGAGCAUCAGAAAAAUGAGAUCCAUCAAAAUGCUGGUCAAAAUGUCUAAAAUUUUUUGCCUUUCACGCUGGUUAUGUACACAUAUUUCAUAAAGCAUGAAUAAGUUAUAUAAAUAUAAAUAGGUGUCCCGAAAUAAAAUUGAAAAAAUUCAACGACAUAUUCUACGUCGAAAACUUCAUCGAAUCUAUAUCCGAAAAGUAUCUGUUUUAAAGAUGCAGGAUGUUGAAGUGAAUUCUCCAAAAACAAUUAUUUUGGAUUUUUGUCUGAAAUAAUUGAAGAAUGUGUAUGGAAAUUUGUACAGUCCUCAUUUUUUCAUUUUCUAUGGAAUGAAAUACAAAAAUUGACCCUCAGUGGCAGGUAGUUUCGAGGGAAGGUGUAUUCAGAAUGCUCCAUAUUUUUUGUCUUUGAACAUUUUUGGCAUUUUGAAUAUAAAGUCCUGAGGAAGAUACACUUCUACACAAAUACUAGUCUCAUGUUCGUAGGAUGAACCUUUUUCGAAAAAACUCCUCUCUAAAAUGUACUUCAUUUUUGAAAUUACAUGAUGAAAACUAUUUUUGACGAUGAAACAUUAAUUUAAUUUUUUCUGAUUUGUUUACUCACAAUAACAAACAAUUAAACGCAUUACUAGAAUACCUUUCGUCUUUACAAUCAUAAUGAUAAGAGUUAGCUUAGCAGCGCAUCCAGAUACACAUUUCGCAUUAAUAAAGUAUAUUCUCAGAAUAGAGUUUUCUCCGAAACCAUACAUCCGAUGAAGAUAAGUUGGUAUGAAGAUUAUGAAGAUGGGUACGUUUCAGAUGAAUCCAUAUUCAAAAAGCCGAAAAUGUUUCAAGACAAAAAUUAUCGAGAUUUUGCCUACGUUUCCCCCCGUCACUGACUUGACUAGGGUCAUUUAUUGUAUUUCAUUCCAUAGGGACUGAAAAAUCUCAGGACUGUACAAAUUUUCACAUAUUUUUUCCAAUAAGUUUCGACAAAGAUUCAAAAUAACUGUUUUCGGAGAAUUCACCCGUAUAUCGAAAGCGGAGCGUUUUUGGAUAUAGGUUCAUAUGAUGUAUUCAAUUUCGGGACAGCCUUUGUGUAUAUACGUCAAGUUCAAACGACUUUUACAUUGACGUCCUAAACCUAUUCAAAAUAGUCGAGCAAUUUCAUUGAAAUACUUUUAUAGCAACCUAAGUACAUAAUUCCGUACAACAAUGUACACAAACUUUUCGCAAUUUAUUCAGUAUUAGCUCCACUCGAUUUUUGGACAAAUUACGAACCCCCAUUUGAAUAUCCCUCCAUCUUGAAAUUCCAGCAUCAUUAGCCAGAAAAUGAGUAGAGGAGUGGCGUGACCAGGAAUCAUUUCAGUUUAACGCAUUCACCAAUUUGUGGUUCCGAAAUCCAUUGCUUAGGGAUAUUGAUAUAUGUAAGUUUCUUCACGGAUAAAAGGUAGCUCUCUCUCUCUCUCU